CAGCCACUAGCAAACAGCAAGCCAGUCGGUCACACAGUGCACCUCUCUUCAGACGUAACUUAUCGCGCUAAUACGAAUUAAAUUCGAUAAACGAAAUCGAGUUCUCGUAGCCCCAAACAGUGACAGAGUGAAAAUUAUUGUGAGUGAGUUUUACCUGUAAGUGUCCGAGAAAACUGUGAGUUCUGAGUUGGCGAUCCCUUCCGAUAUAACUGUGUACGUGAAUGCCGCGGCGACGUAUGGAUGGCGCAGCACACCGGGCGGUCUCUCGCCUUGCUCCUGCUGCUCUCGGGGUCUGUCAUAGCUAAAUAUGCAGAGUUGCAAUCAUGGCGCGGCGCUGGACCUCCGGUGUCAGCGGCACAAGAGGCAGAAGAUGAGAAGAGUGAUGCUGAAAUCCUGGCUGCUGUCCGCUCGUCCGUCAAACAGUGGGAGCAGAAGAAAACACGGACCAGGAUAAAGAGGUCCCAAGGGAGUGUCUGUUACGGUGAUUUCGGAUGUUUCGAAGACGCCGGCCCUUUCGCUUACCUGGAGACCCUGCCCAGCCCACCACACGAAGUCGGCACACAAUUUCUACUUUAUUCCACAAUUAGCAGAGGAGACCAGCCCCUGCUGGCAGUGUCUGCGGGAAACUUAUCUGCAGCGUGGAGCUGGGCGGCGCGUACCUUCGACCCGGCGCGACCCACCCGCGUCAUCGUGCACGGGUUCGGCUCCAACUGCGACAACGUGUGGGUCUACGAGAUGCGCUCGGCUCUUAUGGCUGUUGAGGAAUGCAACGUGAUAUGUGUGGACUGGGAAGGAGGAGCCUCAAUGCCGAAUUAUCUUCGCGCCGCGGCCAACACCAGGCUCGUCGGGAAACAGCUCGCCAUGCUGUUGCAAGGACUAUCUGACCAUAUCGAAGUCCGCUACGAAGACAUACACCUAAUCGGAUUCAGUUUGGGCGCACACGUGGCCGGUUUCGCGGGCUCUGAACUAAAGAACAUUAGCAGAAUAACAGGCCUUGACCCAGCCGGCCCUCUUUUCGAGUUUCAAGAUCCUCGCGCGAGACUGGACAAGAGCGAUGCAAAAUUUGUGGACGUCAUUCACUCGAACGGCGAGACGUUGAUCCUGGGGGGCCUCGGGGCAGCCCAGCCGCUGGGACACGUGGACUUCUACCCCAACGGUGGUCGUGUGCAACAUGGAUGCUCCAAUCUGUUUGUCGGAGCGGUGUCAGACCUGGUGCUGCCGUGGGCAGCCGCCUCCCCCGAGGGUCGGUCGCUGUGCAACCACCGGCGGGCGUACAAGUUCUUCACGGACUCGGUCUCUCCCAAGUGUCACUUCCCGGCGUUCCCCUGCGCUGAUUAUGACGCCUACCUUGAGGGUCGAUGCUUCCCGUGCGACAGCGAUCGUCGAUGCGGCAACAUGGGUUACUACGCAGACCGCUCGCUCGGUAGAGGGCAACUGUACUUGCUGACCAGAGAAGAGGAACCAUUCUGUGCUCAUCAGUACCACGUAGAAGUGUGGGGAGGUAUCGAGGCUGGCGAGAAGACCAACUUCGGUCGAGUCUCUCUUACUCUGCACGGAGAUUCUGGUCUCAAUGAGACUUUUCCAAUGCCCAAACGCGAGGACAAAGCGGCACCAUCUCGGUGGAGCCGCGUGUUGGUGCCGCACCCCGCGCUCGGCGUCCCGCUGCGUGCCACGUUGCAUUACGCCGCGUACAACGGCUGGCUAAGCGCGGGCGCCAAGCGGGUUCACUUCGAUAAGCUUCUCAUCACUGACAGUUUUGGCAAAACUUCAUCAAACUGCAAUGUGGUGCGGGUUGGGUCUGACGAGUCCGUUCAACUCCCGCUUCAUCCCGGCAACUGUGAAAUUCGGCCGGAGGAUGAAAUCACAAAUGAAACGAACAUAGAAGACGUUGUUGUAGAUAAGAACUCCACACGAAUACUAGGCGACCCGCACGACAACGAACUUCCGGAGGAGCCGCCAAAACCGUUCGAGCUUGUGGACACGUACGAGUGGGACACCAAUACUGAAACCGGUCGUGCCUUCGGCAUGACCAAUACUAAAACUGCCCCGAGUGGCGCUGUCGAAAUUGCCGAACCGGUCCUCAGGCCUCGGCUGCGCAAAACUCCCAGACAAAGAGCUGACAAUCCGGAUGAACAAGAAAUAUCUGAACCUCUCCUGCGUCCCACACAAGCACCCCGAACGACGCCAUUGAUACGCAAAGCGAAAAACUACGACGUUACCUCACCGCCUAACACCAUACCGGACGAAAGGGCCGAGAAGGAUACAAGUUUCGCCGUACAAUUCUUACCAGCGCGAUUAGCAUCCUUCAUCUCCAGAGCUGAACGCUACGCCAGGGAUACCCUUCUGCCUCUAGUGUCCGCUUAUACGCCGCGUUUACCUAUAUUCGGUUCAAGAGAAGUGCCAAAAACCAUAGCCCGAUUUAUACCAACAGAAGAAUUGAACGCGACAAGUUCUGUUCCUAUUCCGACGCCAACUUUAGAAAUGAAAAUAGAAAUGUUGCAAACGAUGGGGCCACCGGGAGAAAAGCGAGAGUUUGAGACUCCGGAAGACCCGGACAUUCCCGUCGUGAUAUCCACAACAACCACUUCGACGUCCACUACGACAACGGAGAAGAUCCGAGCGGCGCCGACGGAGAUGCUGCAAGUUGUCGAAGGGCCGGCAAUUUCAACCAGUACAGCUUUACCACCGGUGGCUUUACGCUCGAAGGGGGAAAAAAUUGUUAUUGUAUAUCCGACGAACGCUAGAGAAGAAAAAAAGAUCCGUUCCCAUUCGUAUCCAGAGGAGAUGCAGUUCGAAGCUAUUUACCGACACACUGCGGAGCCCACAGCAGUCAGGGUUGACUUGCCAACGUUCCCCCCGCCCACUACUACUUUGGCUACGACAUCGGUCAAGUCAGAGUCUGACCCAAGAUACAUUCCUGUACCAUUCCACAAUUCAAAAAAAGACCAAUCGUAGUUGUGUAGAGUUAAAUUUAUUUGUACAUAUUGUUGUUACUUGUUUACGAAACCUAUUGUAAAAAAUCUUUAGUAUGAAUAAUGUAGAUGCUAUGUAUAUAGGUAGGUAGAAUAAGACAAUUUUUAUAUUAAACUUAUUUAUUAAAAAAAUGGUUUUACUAUCC